AUGGAUGAAUGGAAUUUCUUAUUCGAAGAUCCCAACUUUGGUGAACCUAAUAAAAACAUUCCAUUUGAUGAUGAUAAACCAAAAAGAAGAUCAACAUUAUUACAAGAAUUUCAAAAGAUAAAAAGAAAUUCACAAUCAUCACCUCCUCCUCCAACCACCAAUAAUUAUGAUAGAUAUAAUGGUGAUAAUAGAUAUAGUAGUUUAAAUAAUAGAUAUAGUAAUAGUGGAAAUAAUAAUAAAUAUAAUGGAGAAAUUUCUCCACGACCACCACGACAACAUAAAGGUUACUACAUGCCACAAAAAUUUUCUCAACAAUCUUUAGAUUCAUCAACAUAUUUAUCAAAUAAAUUUCUUUAUAAUCAAGAUAAUUAUGUUACACCUUCUCCUAUUGUUAAAGAUAUUUAUAAUUCAACCGAAAAAUUAUAUCGACCACUUCCUUCACCAAUUACUCCACUUCCACCUAAAACUUUAUCUUCUUUUUAUGCAGAUAUGGAUAAAUUACCAUCAAUUAUAGAUCCAUUUCGAUUUGAAAAAUCACCACCACCACCUCUUAAAGGAGUUGGAUUAGAUAAAUAUUCAACUAUGGAAGAAAUAUUUCAUAAAAAUUCUAUACAAAAAGUUCUAACGAAAACGCCAAUUAAUAUAAAACUUAUUGAAAAACAUUUAAGCGAAAUUGCGGAAAAGAAAUCAUUAUUAGAAAUUGAAGCGGAAAAAUCCGAUGUAGCAAAAUGGCUUAGAGAACAUUAUGAAUUUUUACCAUCAUUGUCAUAUAUAGCAUCCAAAUUAAAUUUACGUAAUCUUUUUAUACCACAAAAAGAAACAGCAGAUUCAUUUAAACGUGAAAUUGAAGAAUGUCAAUCAGUUGAACAAUUUCGUAAUAUUAUAAUUGAACAAAUAUUUGGUGUGACAGAUGAUUUUGGAGUUCCAAUUCCUAAUAAAUAUUCAACUCUAUUAACUGAAGCAAUUACUGCUUGUCACACAAUAUUUAAAGAUCCAUAUAUGGCAUUUUCGAUAUUAGAACAAAUAAAAAGGCGAGGAGCAAUUUCUUAUGUAAUGGGAUGUAAUACAUCAAUUUAUAAUGAAUUAAUAUUAAUUAGAUGGAAUUGUUGGAGAGAUUUAUGCGGUAUUGAAGGAUUAUUAAAUGAAAUGAGAAGAGGAAUUAGAUUACAAAAAUGGGAUGACUUUGAUUUAAUGGCAGUUAAUAAUAUUAAAAAGAUUUUAGAUAUUUGGGGAAAAAAUCAAAGUAGUAAUAAUAUUAAUUUAGCUGUUUGA